AUGGCAAAGUCCACAACCCCAUCCAAUGAACAAUUGGAAAUGGAUCAAAUGGCCGAAGCGGAACUGGAACGUCUUCAAAAACAGCUUCGAAAAUUGGAGAAAGAUCGUUUGUCAUUCAUAUGUGAAAAGAAAAAUGCAUCGGUGAAACGUGAUCGACUUAUCGAAACGUUGAAAAAAGAAAAAGUGCAAUUGCAAGAGCGUUUGGAUGCCAUCUCCACCGGUCCUCAUGCUCAGCGUGAACUCAAAACGGAGCGUAAAAUUCGUACUCUAUUGAAAAGGCAAGAAGACAUUGAGGCUGCGACAAAAGAAAAGAAAAUUCAACUAUGGGAACUUAAUGGACACAUCAAAAAGUUGGAGAAGGAAAUAAAAACACUUCAAGAAUCGCAAUCAACCGAGCAAAUUUAUAGUGAACAAUUAUUGAAAUCACGUGAUGACAUUAAAAAGCUGGAAAAUCAAUUGGAAGUCGUACAGAAACGAUGCGGCGAAGCAAUGUCUGAGAAUACAAAUCUACGGGGAUCAAUCGAUCAUUUGCUGCUGGAAAGAUCAAAAUUCAAUGAGAUUUGGCAACGCAUGGUGACCAAAUUGGAAUUAGGUAAAAAGUUGAUAAUGGAUUUGAUCGAACAGUCGGUGUCAGCGUACGAACAACGAGAAGAACUGUGCAACAAACUACAAAACCUUGACGGAAAAUCUCAUAAUGAGCAAAAUCUACAUUUACAGGAAAUGCGUGAACUGCAACGUAAAUUGGAUCAUGACAUUAAACUGAAAGAAUUUUUUGCGAUCAAAGGUAAUCUUCGUGUGAAUGCUGAAUUGGAGGCACGCGAAGUGAAUCGAAAACAAUUGCAACAAGAAAUAGCCGACAAACAAUUGACUGAUUUACAAGAUACAAUGAAGCAAAUUCAGAAUAUAUCUGGUGAGACAGAUUUCGAUCAACUUUCGCGCUACUUCACCAAACAAGAAGACGAAAAUUUUGCGCUGUUUAGCUAUGUUAAUGAGCUGAGUUAUGAAGUAGAAGUGUUGAACGAAACGGUUCAAAAGAUUCGAGAUGAUAUUGAUAAACAAAAGAUUGAAAACGAGACAAAGAAACAAACGCAAAGAAACUCCACGAUUGAGGUUCUCGAAGAACAAUUAAAAUUAUGGACGACCAAGGCGGAACGGGCACAUCAAAUUUACAUUGAAAAUGAAAAGAAACUCGAAGAAAUGCUCGACGGAAUUGAAAAAUUGUUUGGAAUGUUGAACAACAAUCAAGCACCGGUGUUGGAUUUGAUGUUUACGGAGCAAAAACUAACGAUUCACAAUGUUCGGCUGUUCUUGGGCAUUAUCAAAAGACGCACCAAUUCGGUCAUCAAUCGCUUAAACUACAGCGAUCAACCGUCGAAGAUUCUGGCAAAACGAGAUCGCGUACCAAAAUUCAAUAUAAACGAUGCGUCGGCCAAUCAUACGGCUGCGCCAACACCACGUUCUCCGAAUUAAUUCCAUGUUUUGAAAAGAACGACCGAAGAGAGCAUAUGCUAAAAUCUCUACAGGUUUUAAUCAAAUGCAUCAAAACAUGGAUAAUAAUCUUAACCAGAAUCUAUUGGAUUAUCA